AAACUCUUGGGAUCAGCGAAGGAGCAUGACUCAGGGAGGGAAAUUCCUGUUGCCUUAAAAGGGCUGUUGGUAAAUAAAAUGUCGUAUAUAUGCCCCUGAAGACUUUCCACGUUCAGCAUUUCUACUCCCUCCAAGAAGAGCAUCAAGCUGAGGCAGCAGAUCAGAUCCUCAUGAGAGGACUGGGUACAGCUAUGGUCCUGGCUGUAGUACUCUGCGCUACAGUCCUCCAAGGCUUCCCCAUGUUCAAGAGGGGACGUUGUCUUUGCAUUAGCCCUGGAGUAAAAGCAGUGAGAGUGGCAGACAUUGAGAAAGCCACCAUAAUUUACCCAAGUAACAGCUGCAACAAAAUAGAAGUGAUUAUCACCCUGAAAGCACGUAAAGGACAACGCUGCCUAAAUCCUAAAUCGAAGCAAGCCAAAGUUAUAAUCAGAAAGUUGAGAGAAUGAAUUUUUGAAAAUAUAAAAAUGUAUGAAGUCCUGGCAAGAAGAUCUGAAAACACAGAACAAGCUUAACUGUGACUUACUGAAAUGAUAAGAAUUCUGCAAUAGGAAACAGGACUUUCUCCUUCCUGUUGCCAUGUAUGUUCUGGCAUAUCUAAGUCAGGGAAUCUUCUAGGAAAUUUGAUGUUCAUAACUAUUCUGCUGUGACUAUAAAAAGAUU